CACCACUCCACCUUUCCUCCUCCUCCUCCUCCUCCUCCUCCUCCUCCUCCUUGCCAUAUCCUCCUCCCCGCUCUGGAUUCACAAGUAAUAGCUUCACAAUGAAUCCAUCUCGCCCCCUGCAGCGAGCGAGCCGCAUAUUCAGCCGCCCGUCGGCCGUCCCGGCCCUGUCGCGGAGCUUCACCAGCUCCAUCCCGUCGCUAUCAUCACUACCAGCUUCAUCAACGGCCCGACCUGCGCGAGGAUGGACGCCCACGCCGUUCGUCACCGAGACGGUGGGCGGAGGCUGGCACACAUACGACAUCUUCUCCCGCCUCCUCAAAGAGCGCAUCAUCUGCCUGAACGGCGAAGUCGACGAAACCAUGUCCGCGUCCAUCGUCGCCCAACUCCUGUUCCUGGAAGCCGAUAACCCCCAAAAACCCAUUCACCUCUACAUCAACUCCCCGGGGGGGUCCGUCACGGCCGGCCUAGCCAUCUACGACACAAUGACCUACAUCGCCAGCCCGGUGUCGACGAUCUGCGUCGGCCAGGCCGCGUCCAUGGGCUCCCUGCUGCUGUGCGGCGGCCACCCCGGAAAACGGUACUGCCUGCCGCACUCGUCGAUCAUGAUCCACCAGCCCUCCGGCGGGUACUUCGGGCAGGCCAGCGACAUCGCGAUCCACGCCAAGGAGAUCCUGCGCGUGCGCAGCCAGCUCAACCAGAUCUACCAGCGCCAUCUGACGGGCAAGAAGGUGCUGUCGCUGGAUGAGAUUGAGAGGCUCAUGGAGCGGGAUUACUUCAUGGGGGCGAAGGAGGCGUUGGAGAUGGGCAUCGUGGAUGAGAUUCUGGAUCGGAGGCCCGGCGUGAAGGAAGGUGGAGGAGGUGGGGGUGAGGCGAAGGGGAUGGAUUCGGAUGGUGGGGAGGAGUAGGUGCUUACCCCCGGGGGUUAGGGUUUGGGUUGGGUUGGGUUGGGUUGCUGGUUUCGGACCUUUGAGUGAAAAGGGGCGGAGGUUGAUGCUUAUACAUACCCUGGUUUAUUGUCUGUUUUUACUUUUGUGUUGUGUGAUUGUAUCUUUUAUGGGAUGUGAUGUGAUGUUGAUGAUCAUAUACUGAUGAUGAUGAUGAGCAUGGGGAUAGAAACUCCACUCCACUCAGCUUAUCCUGCUUGAUUGUGUUAGAUAUUAG